CGUGCGCCAGCCUGGAAGAGAUUGGGCCUGAAGCUCAAGCAGUCUUCCGCACCCGAAGCAGCAAAUGAAACCCUGCAGGUUGGGCAUCCAAGCAGUAGCAGGACCCAGCAGACACCGUCCAAGCGGAAGCCCGAAGCCCCGCCAGCGGGCGAACCUCUGUCGGCAUUGAAAAAAAAGUCGGUUUCGUUUGGGGAGACGCCCACAAAAAGUGGAAUCGAUGCCAAGGGGCCCGUCAACAAACCACCUCCCAAGAAAGCAAAAACCCCUGGCAAGAAGAAGGCCAAUGCUGCCGUUGCCCCUUCGGAUAUCAAGCCUGCGCUCGAGUAUUUGAGCCAGUGGAAGUCUGCUCGGGACUCGUGGAAGUUUAACAAGAACUACCAGACCAUCCUCAUCAAGCACGCAUUCGACCCCGUGCUCUUCCCUUCGGCCAACAUUGAUACCUUUUAUCUUUAUAUCCGAGACAUCAAGGGCUUUGUUCGCACGAGACUACAAGAAACCGCCAUGGAAAUCCGAACCAAGGACAGCACAGAAGGAGCCGCAGGCUUCCCGGAAGGUUCAGUGAACCUCCCGGAGAAGCAACUAAGAUACGACCAGCUGCUCGCGCAAUUGCUUCAUUCGCAGGCGGGGCAGAAGAGGAAGACCUUCCAUGAGGUCGAAUACCGGACUUCAUCAGAGGACGUCGACGAUGUAAUCAGGCGUGUGAUCAAGCGAAUGCGCGCAGAGCUAGUUCUAGACCAACUGUCCGAGGGCGAGGAGUCCGAUGCCAGCCACACCACCACGGCCACAGCGUCUUCCGGAGUGAGCAUCGCCGAAAGCAACACAACCAAGGCUACCGAAGGUGAUAACCAGGUCAAAUUAAAGGAGGGGCCCAGCAAGCGCAAGAGAAAGCUGCGUACCACUGUGGACGACAGCAGCUCCUCGGAAUCAGAGAGCGACUCGGACGACAGCAGCAGCUCUUCAGACGAUUCUGAUUCCGAUUCUGACUCUGACGAUGGAAAGGAGGCUGAUAAGGGCCACGAGUCUUCCAGCAGCGAAUCCUCCUCUUCUUCCUCUUCAUCCUCUUCAUCAGAAGACGAGUCUGGCUCGGACGACGAGAGCUCAGAUGAA